AUGUCGGAUAGGCUAACGCAACUUCAAAUAUGUCUAGAUCAACUUGUUGAGCAGUUUAAUGCUACUGUACACUACGUCAAUGUUCAUGUAAAACCGGCAUUGUUAGAUGAGGAUCCAACGUCAGUGUCAAACAGAGCAGCCAAUGCACCAGUACCUCAACAACAACAACAACAGCAACAACAGCAACAACAGCAACAGCAAUCACCACAGUCCGUACAGCAACUGCCGAAGGAAGAAGGCAAUGAAGAUUCCAAGGAAUUGCUGAAACCACCUGAAUCUACCGAAGAAGAUUUUGAAAGCACGCUUGAUGAAUUGGCUACUGAUAUCGUUUUGAAAAGUAGACAAAUAAACAUGUUGAUUGAUUCAUUACCAGGUAUAGGUGUUACACCGGAAGUGCAGAUGAAAUUAAUUGCCGAUUUGAGUCAGGAGUUGAAGCAAGUAGAGCAGGAGAGACAAGAAAAGAUUAAAGAAAAGGAUGAGUUGUUGGCCAAAGUAGAUGACUUGAUCAAGGAGUUAGCUACAGGGAUCUCGCAAACAAGGAUGUAA